GUCGUGAAUGCAGCAUACGCCAAACCUCGAACGCUCAUUCACCGCACGCUGACCGAGCUGGCCGCUGGUUUACUCUCAAUCCAGCGGCGUGUGUACGGACUUAGUCGGUGUAUUUUCACACCAGCUGUACUGCAGUAACAGUAUAUAUCACCUGUAGUAUCAGCCGGUGGACAUUUCUGACUGGAAGCACACUUCCCCGGGUGGUGCAGCAGCGGUAACUAACGUGUCGUGUAAUGGCAGAGACGCGGAGGUCCGAUAAGCGGUGGGCUGUCAUCGAUAGUGUCCCACCAACGCUUUGACAGCCGUCUGUUGAUACCCCAGCGCCCCGAUCGACUCAUCAUUUUAAUCAUGCCUGGGAAACUGAAAGCCAAGAUUGUGGCAGGGCGUCACUUGCCUGUGAUGGACCGAGCCAGUGACCUUACUGAUGCUUUUGUAGAGGUUAAGUUUGGAAACACAACGUUCAAAACAGAUGUAUGUCCAAAAUCCCUCAAUCCACAGUGGAACUCGGAAUGGUUCAAAUUUGAGGUCGAUGAUGAGGACUUGCAGGAUGAGCCAUUGCAGAUCACAGUGUUGGACCAUGACACAUACAGUGCUAAUGAUGCCAUAGGGAAAGUUUACAUUGAUAUUGACCCGCUACUGUCCAAUGAGGCGGCCUCUGUCAUCUCUGGCUGGUUUCCUAUCUAUGACACCAUCCACGGAAUUCGAGGGGAAAUCAACAUCCUUGUCAAAGUGGAGCUCUUCAAUGAUCUGAACCGCUUCAGACAGUCCUCCUGCGGGGUUAAGUUCUUCUGCACCACAUCCAUUCCACGGUGCUACCGAGUAGCAAUGGUGCACGGCUUUGUGGAGGAACUUGUAGUGAAUGAAGAUCCAGAAUACCAGUGGAUCGACCGCAUUAGAACUCCUCGCGCCUCCAAUGAGGCUCGUCAGAGGCUCAUCUCUCUUAUGUCUGGAGAGCUGCAGAGGAAGAUAGGGCUCAAGGUACUGGAGAUGGGCGGGAAUGCAGUGGUGGGCUAUUUGCAGUGUUUCGAUCUGGAGGGAGAGUCAGGCCUGGUGGUCCGAGCCAUAGGCACUGGCUGCACACUGGACAAAGUCAGCUCCGGGAGUGCCCCGAACACCAACACACACGUGCACCCAAACACAGCCCCUGUUACCAAUGCCUGCAAUUCCCCUUCUAAGGAUGGAAAGGAGCCGGUAUUUGCUGAGGAUCUGCCCUCGUUCUCCGGCCCGCCUACCCCUUUCAGAGCCCUCCCCACCUCCUCCUCCUCUCCUCCCCCCUUCUCUCCAUCCAAGCCAUGCAGCCGCCAGUCCUCAUCAUCAGACACAGACCUCAGUUUGACGCCCAAGACGGGUAUGGGCAGUGGGGGCAGUGCCGGGAAGGAGGCGGGGCCUCUGAAGACCCUUCUCAGACAACAGACGCAGACAGCUCUUGAACAGAGGGAGUUCCCAUUCUUCACUUUGACAUCUUUCCCACACGGUUUUCUGGUCCAUGUCGGCGGAGUGGUCAGCGCUCGCUCUGUCAAACUACUCGACCGAAUACACAACCCUGCCUUGGGUAACACACGCUCAUACAAACUGCUAGACUGGAAUAGUAUCACUGCAGGUAUUUCCCCCCUUUUACUGCUCUCACCCACAGGAGAGAUGGCAGCUCAACUGUGUCGUUUAAAGAAGAAAGCCCAGGGUGAAGUGAAUGCAACAGCCAUCUCCAACCUGCUGCCUUUUAUGGAAUACGAGUUGCACACUCAGCUGAUGAACAAACUGAAGCUGCGGAGCAUGAAUGCUCUUUUUGGCCUACACAUACAGAUCAGUGUCGGCGAGAACAUGCUCCUGGGUCUGGCUUCUGCUACAGGAGUGUACCUCACAGCUUUGCCUGCACCGGGGGGAGUUCAGAUUGCAGGGAAGACCCCUGGCGACCUGAGUAAUGAGCACCACAUCCUCACCAUUCAGAAAAGGAUCAACGACUCUAUCGCCAAGAAUAAAGAGCUUUAUCAAAUUAACCCUCCGGAACUGACGGAGGAAGUGGUGGGUUCUCCGAUCCCAGAGCCGAGGCAACGAUCUAGACUUUUUCGCUCGCACUCGGAGAGCUCAGAUGAACUGUCAGAACUGGACCUCUCCCAUGGCAAAAAGGAUGCCUUUGUCCUGGAGAUUGAUGACACUGAUGCUGUGGAGGACAUCCACUCCCUCCUCACUGAUGCCAGCCCCCCGUCAGGUUUCUACAGCUGCAACACUGAGAUCAUGCCUGGGAUUUUUAACUGGACUUCAGGAGUGCAGAUGUUUACAUCAGUGAGGGUCUUUAGGUUGAGUAAUGCCAAUCUCACUAACCAAGGCUUGAACAAGAUCUUCACUGACCUAUGUGAGAAUCUGCUAAAGAGUUUUUACUUCAAGUUGCGCUCCAUGAUCCCCUGCUGUCUCUGUCGUCUCAACUUCACUGUAGCAGUGCCAGAAGAAGAACUCAUACAGGUCGCAGUGACAGCAGUUGCCAUGACGUUCGACAGGGACCAGGCGUUAGAGAAGCCAGCAGACAAGCCUUUUACCAAAGGAUGCAGUGAGACUGAAGAGCAGCUGCAGUUUCAAAUGGAGUUGUGCGCAGACUCAUCAGCCAUCAACACUCAGCCCUCAUCUAAAAUCUCAGUCUCAUCUUUGGAGCGCAGCAGUCCCUUGCCUGAGGGACGCUCCCGCUCGCUGCGCUCCACCCGCUCGUUUGGAGGCAGCUCGGUCACUGUGGUGAAGAUGACGCCACUCUCCUUCCUUCCGGGGACACGCAUCAUUAAAUAUCUUGGGAUCAUCAACAUGUUUUUUAUCAGAGAGACAACGUCAUUACGGGAGGAAGGUGGUGUUAGCGGCUUCCUGCACUCUUUCAUAGCAGAGGUGUUUGCGAUGGUUCGAGCUCAUGUUGCAGCCCUGGGAGGUAACGCAGUCAUGUCCUACAGCAUGAAAGAGUGUGUGUUGAUGGAAAAUCCAAACAAGAACCAGGCUCAGUGCCUCAUCAAUGUUAGUGGCGAUGCUGUCAUCUGUGUCAUUGAAACAGACCAGGAGCCCAUGCCCUCCACAAUAGGUACCGGACAGACCUGUAGUAGCGGAGCUGAUGGGGCUACAUGACAAUGAAACGCUGGCCUCACUGAGUCUGCAGGACACACAAUCUGAGUGAACACAACCGUCCAAAUGAGUCACUUAUGUCUGCCUUAAAUCUCUGUAAAAACAUCCAAAGGUUUGGCCAUCAGUAACAAAGAGCUAGUAUUCACACACUCAAAGAUAUUCAGUCUGUAUUAAAAUAGGAGUCUAGGAUAUUUCUCUUUCUUCUUCUUUCCGUUAAACAUCAGCCAAAGGACCCCUCUGCAUCUGAUUUCUGCCUGUGUAUUACAGCCGUCCAUAUGGGGGUCACCCACAGCUACAGUACAUUUGCCCAUUCCUUCUUUCUGUGUGUCGCACGAGUGACACGAGAGGCAGCUAUGACUGAUCUGUCCAUCAUUAGAUCACAGGAGACAGUAAAUGGACUUGCCAAAAGAGACAGUUUAUCCAUCAAAUAAAUAAAACACAGUCAGACUCUCCUGCAGUGUUCAACUUUGUCUCGGGUGACGUGCAGAUCACCCAUCUGUCCAUUUCUGAGCUGACAGAUAAAGGCUAUGUCUGGCAGAACAUAUUACAAAUUUCAAUUAAACAAAUAAAUAAAAUAAAACUACCUGGAAUAUACAUUUUGAAGGUCAUGUAGGUGAAUCAGUGAUGCAGUGUCUAAAUCUGAUGUUGUAUUGAUUUUUAAGAUGGAUAUUCUCUGAACCAGUGUCCAAAUUUCUUUUAGAAAGUGUCAAAAAUUAAAGCCACAACCUUAUUUCUAUUUCUGGUAUCAAACAGGCCAUGAUUACAGGCAUAAUGUGCACAUAUUUUUGUUCAGUAAAAAUGUUCUUUUUACAACAGCCAUUACAAUGAACCUUAGUCACUGUUUAAUAAACUAAAACAGUUUUUGUUGCUGAAAAGCUAAUGACAUAAUGUAUAUGCCUUUCUAUUCACUUAGAUGUGGGGGACGGGUAUAAAAGAAACAGACAUGCAGCCUUAGAUACAAGCUGUGGCCCUUUGCAGUCGAGCAAUGACAUUUCAUGGAAUAAAAUCAUUUUGGCUGAAUUUCAUCUGUAGCUGUUGAGUUUUCUGGCUCAAAUUUUACAUCCUUUACCAAGGUCUCAUGCUUUGGCAUUCCCAAGUCCCAAAUAACAGUCCUGCUCCUGAUCUGUCCUCCGACGUUCACGUCCAAUGCUGGAAAAGAAAGCUUCUCCUCGUGUAGAUGCCACCUGAAAAUAAACUGUGUAAAUGUUCUCUAAAAUCAGAUUUGAGUAUUUUUGUAACAUAAGUCUAAUGAAAUCUACUGUGCUCUUUGCUUGUGCAAUGAUGUUUUGAAUCACUGUGUCAGAGAAUUAGCGGUACUCUAAUCUGUUCGUGUGAUCAGCAGUUUGUGACCAGCUCCUUAUUUUUGUGUCGAAAACUUGAAUGUACAUAUUUUGGAUGCUUUUGUUUUCUGACUCGCAGCAGGCAGACCCACUUUUUAUUGCCAUGAAUCUGUAUGCUCACCUGGUAUGUCUUGCACAAUAAACUCAGUCAAUCCAA